AAAAAAAUAAAUAACUUUCUUUGGAAAUCAGAAUUGAUAUAUGAAAUCAUACAACAAUACUACUUAGUUAAGAAAUGCAGUCAUCAAAUGGCUCUCAAAUUGGGAAAUUUGUUAUUGGUUGACUCUGCAAUCAUUCAAGACGAUAAAUAAAUACCGCCAGGAUUUCAUUUUGCCCGUUACUAGAGAGGAUACGAAAUAGACGCAGUUUUGCGGCAAAUUGGCCACGCUGACGUGUCGGCGCUGUGGAAUGAGGGAGGGCGCCGGCGAAGCUGUUUUAAGUGAUAGCAUAUGUUGGGACGUGAUUAAAUGCGCUUUUGUUUCAACUCUCUUAUUAGUAUUGUUGUCCUAAAUUGACUGCAGGGAGCAGGCAUUUACCAAGAUGCUGACCAAGUUUGAGACCAAAUCAGCAAGGGUGAAAGGCUUAUCUUUUCAUCCUAAACGACCAUGGGUUUUGGCAAGCUUGCACAGCGGAGUGAUCCAGCUAUGGGACUACCGGAUGUGUACGCUGCUGGAAAAGUUCGACGAGCACGACGGCCCCGUGCGAGGCAUCUGCUUCCACAUGCAGCAGCCGCUCUUUGUGUCCGGCGGCGACGACUACAAGAUCAAGGUGUGGAACUACAAGCAGAAGCGGUGCGUGUUCACGCUGCUCGGCCACCUGGACUACAUCCGGACCACCGAGUUCCACCACGAGUACCCGUGGAUCAUCUCUGCCUCCGAUGAUCAGACGAUCCGUAUUUGGAACUGGCAGCGGCGCAGCUGCAUCUGCAUCCUGACGGGCCACAACCACUACGUCAUGUGCGCCCGCUUCCACCCGACCGAGGACCUGGUGGUGUCCGCCUCGCUCGACCAGACCGUCCGCGUCUGGGACAUCUCCGGUCUGCGUCAGAAGCACGUGGCGCCGGGUCCGUCCGGCCUGGACGACCACCUCAAGUCGACCGCCUCUCCGGACCUGUUCGGCCAGGCGGACGCUGUGGUCAAGCACGUGCUGGAGGGCCACGAUCGCGGCGUCAACUGGGCCGCCUUCCACCCGAGCCUGCCGCUGAUCGUGUCCGGCGCCGACGAUCGCCAGAUCAAGUUCUGGCGUAUGAACGACAGCAAGGCCUGGGAGGUGGACACAUGUCGCGGCCACUACAACAACGUCAGCUGCGUGCUCUUCCACCCGCGCCAGGAGCUCAUCCUCUCCAACUCGGAGGACAAGUCGAUCCGCGUCUGGGACAUGAGCAAGCGCACCUGCCUGCACACCUUCCGCCGCGAGCACGACCGCUUCUGGGUGAUGGCCGCCCACCCGCAGAUGAACGUGUUCGCCGCCGGACACGACUCGGGCAUGAUCAUAUUCAAGCUGGAGCGCGAGCGGCCGGCGCACGCCGUCAGCGGUAACCUGCUCUUCUAUGUCAAGGACAAGUUCCUGCGGCGGCUCGACUUCACCACCAACAAAGACGUGGCCGUGAUGCAGAUCCGCCUCAUCGGACGCACCAAACCGUACAGCCUGUCGUACAACCCCGCCGAGAACGCGGUGCUGAUCUGCUCCCGUCCCUCGAACGCCGAGAACUCCACCUACGACCUGUACCAGGUGCCCAAGCAGACGGACCCGCAGAACCCAGAGACGCCCGAGGGGAAGCGCGCCGCCGGCCUCAGUGCCAUCUGGGUGGCACGCAAUCGGUUCGCCGUGCUGGACCGCAGUCACCAGGUGACCAUCAAGAACCUGAAGAACGAGGUGCAGAAGAAGGUGCAGACGCCCGCCUGCGACGAGAUCUUCUACGCCGGCACGGGCAUGCUACUGCUGCGCGAUACAGACUCGGUCACCAUGUUCGACGUCCAGCAGAAACGCUCCGUGGCCAGUGUGAAGAUCUCCAAGUGCCGCUACGUGGUCUGGUCGCCGGACAUGACGCACGUAGCGCUGCUGGCCAAACACGCGGUGGUCGUCUGCAACCGCAAGCUGGAGGCGCUCUGUCAGCUGCAGGAGAGCACGCGCGUCAAGUCGGGCACCUGGGACGACAGCGGCGUCUUCAUCUACACCACCUCCAACCACAUCAAGUACACCCUGACCAACGGCGACAACGGCAUUAUCCGCACGCUGCACGUGCCCAUCUACCUGACCAAGAUCAAGGGCAGCCAGGUGCACUGCCUGGACCGCGAGGUGCGCGCCCGCAUCAUGAACGUGGAUGUCACCGAGUUCCGAUUCAAGCUGGCGCUCGUCAACCGCAAAUAUGACGAGGUGCUGCACAUGGUGCGUAACGCCAAGCUGGUCGGGCAGUCCAUCAUCGCCUACCUGCAGAAGAAGGGCUACCCCGAGGUGGCGCUCCACUUCGUCAAAGACGAGAAAACCCGGUUCGGUCUGGCGCUGGAGUGCGGCAACAUUGACGUGGCUCUGGAGGCGGCUCGUGCCCUGGAUGACCGCGACUGCUGGGACAAACUGGGAGAGGCCGCACUGAUGCAGGGAAACCACCAGGUGGUGGAGAUGUGCUACCAGCGCACCAAGAACUUUGACCGGCUCAGCUUCCUCUACCUCAUCACGGGUAACCUCGAGAAGCUGCGCAAGAUGAUGAAAAUCGCCGAGAUCCGCAAGGACACUUCUGGCCAGUACCAGAGCGCGCUCUACCUGGGUGACGUGGCCGAGCGGGUGCGCGUGCUGCGCUCCUGCGGACAGACCAACCUGGCCUACCUGACGGCGGCCACACACGGCCUGGAGGCGGAGGCCGCCGAGCUGGCCGCGCAGCUGGGCGAGGGCGCCGAGCUGCCGCAGCCGCAGCCGCAGGCGCAGCUGCUGCAGCCGCCGGCGCCGCUCCACCAGAGCGACGACAACUGGCCGCUGCUCACCGUCUCCAAGACGUUCUUCGAGGGCGCUAUCGGCCAGACGGGCGGCAAGGCGGGCGCGGCCGGCGCCGGCGCGGGCGUCUCGGCCGCGCUGGCCGCCGAGGCCGACGAGGGCGCCGCCGACGGCUGGGGCGCCGACGCCGACCUCGGACUGGAUGACGAGGACGCGGAGCCGGGCGCCGCCGCCGGCGACGGAGACGGAGAGGGCGGCGGCUGGGACGUGGACGACGACCUGGAGCUGCCGACCGACCUGGAGGUGCCGGCCGCGGCUGCCGGCGGCGCCGAUGACGGCUACUUCGUGCCGCCCACCAAGGGCACGCCGCAGACACAGGUGUGGACGCGCAACUCUCAGCUGGUGGUGGAUCACGUGAUGGCCGGCUCCCUGGAGUCGGCGUUCCGGCUGCUGCACGACCAGCUGGGCGUGGUGUCGUUCGCGCCGUACCGGCAGCUGUGUCUGCAGGUGUUCAGCACGGCGCGCUCCUGCUUCCCGGCCAUGGCCAGCACGCCGCCGCUGUUCGGACACCCGCACAGGAACUGGAAGGAGGCCGGCGCCAAGGGCGGUCUGCCCGCCGUCGGAGUGAAACUCAGCGACCUCGUCACACGGCUGCAGGGCUGCUACCAGCUGACCACUGCGGGCAAGUUCUCUGAGGCGGUGGAGCGGUUCCGCGCCAUCCUGCUCUCCGUGCCGCUGCUGGCCGUCAACACCAAACAGGAGAUCGCCGAGGCCACCCAGCUGAUGCAGAUCUGCCGGGAGUACGUCCUCGGUCUGUCGAUGGAGAUCCAGCGAAAGGAGAUGCCGAAGGGCACGCUGGAGGAACAGAAGCGUCUCUGUGAGAUGGCCGCCUACUUCACCCACUGUAACAUCCAGCCCGUCCACCAGGUGCUGACGCUUCGGACCGCGCUGAACCUGUUCUUCAAGCUGAAGAACUACAAGACGGCGGCCAGUUUCGCACGCCGCCUGCUGGAGCUCGGUCCGCGCCCGGAGGUGGCCCAGCAGACGCGGAAGGUGCUCCAGGUGUGCGACAAGACGCCUACAGACGAGCAUCAGCUGCAGUACGACGAGCACAACCCGUUCUCGCUGUGCGCCGCCACCUACCGACCCAUCUACCGCGGCAAGCCGGACGCCAAGUGUCCACUGUGUGGCGUCGCCUACGUGCCAGACUACAAGGGGUCGCUCUGCAAGGUGUGCACGGUGGCUGAGGUGGGCCGCGAGUCGAUCGGACUGCGCAUCAGCCCGCAGCAGUUCCGAUAGGCCGCCUGGGCCGCGCUGCAUUCCGUGAGCCGCCGCCGCCGUCCCUGCCCACGGCGGACGGCGCCGCUGGGGACGAGUGAGGUCGGUCGCGGACCGAACCACCUACAGAGGCGGCGGCUGGGUGAAGGUGAACACACCGCCGACAGAUAAUGUGACACCGUGAUGUGGAUAGUGACGUGCCGUGACCGGUGGUGUGACGUGACUAGUGACGUGAGAUGACAUUUAUUAUCCGGAGGAUGACGCACGGUAGCCCGCGACGCCGCGCUCUGGACGGUGGACGGGAGGCUGCCACGUGAACUGCUUCUGAGCCGAUUCACCCAGCGGAGGCGUCUGGGGCAUCCAAACACACCGCGCCGGCGACUGGACUCCGGCCGGGCGCCCAGUCCCGCGCCGUAUCGGUCCGGCCGUGCGCCCCGCGCGGCCAAUCCGUGCAUUUUCCCAACUACCGCUGCGCGUUCCUGUUGAUUUUGUUGGUCAAGUGAAGGCGGAGAGCCGCCCGAUAUCGGGAUCAUGCGUGAAUGAGGGGCCGGGCUCCGUCUGUGUGGGGAGAGGGACGGACAGAGUGGUGCCGGAGGGAAGCCGCAGAGGUCCGCAAAUCGGGCCCGGCCGCCGCGUAUUCUAUGUUGUGAGAAAUCGCACGGUAGUGCACGCCUGCUCUAAAACAUACAUAUAUAAACGUGUUGGGUUGAGGAUAUGAAUUAUAAAUACAUUCUUUUCUAUCCAGAAA